ACACAAAGCUUGGCCUGCCUGUUAAGCAACCCGGCGAGCGAGGUGGUGAGAGAACGAGCGAGAGGGAGAUGGCAGCCACGGUGUCCUUCCCGGUGGUGAACAUGGAGAAGCUGGAGACCGAGGAGAGGGACACGGCCAUGGCGGUCAUCCGCGACGCCUGCGAGAACUGGGGCUUCUUCGAGCUGCUGAACCAUGGCAUCUCGCACGAGCUGAUGGACGAGGUGGAGCGGCUGACCAAGGCGCACUACGCCACCUUCCGGGAGGCCAAGUUCCAGGAGUUCGCGGCGCGGACGCUGGCCGCGGCCGGCGACGAGGGCGCCGACGUCAGCGACGUGGACUGGGAGAGCACCUUCUUCGUCCGCCACCUCCCGGCCUCCAACCUCGCCGACCUCCCCGACGUCGACGACCACUACCGGCAAGUGAUGAAGCAGUUCGCAUCGGAGGUGCAGAAGCUGUCGGAGAAGGUGCUGGACCUGCUGUGCGAGAACCUGGGCCUGGAGCCCGGGUACCUGAAGGCGGCCUUCGCGGGGUCGGACGGCGGCCCGACGUUCGGCACCAAGGUGAGCGCGUACCCGCCGUGCCCGCGCCCGGACCUGGUGGCCGGCCUGCGCGCGCACACCGACGCCGGCGGCCUCAUCCUGCUGCUCCAGGACGACCAGGUGAGCGGGCUGCAGCUGCUCAGGGGCGGCGACGGCGGGGAGUGGGUGGACGUGCCGCCGCUGCGCCACGCCAUCGUCGCCAACGUCGGCGACCAGCUGGAGGUGGUCACCAACGGGCGGUACAAGAGCGCGGUGCACCGCGUGCUCGCCCGCCCCGACGGCAACCGCAUGUCCGUCGCGUCCUUCUACAACCCGGGCGCCGACGCCGUCAUCUUCCCGGCCCCCGCGCUCGUCGGCGAGGAGGAGCGAGCCGAGAAGAAGGCCACCACGUACCCGAGGUUCGUGUUCGAGGACUACAUGAACCUGUACGCGCGCCACAAGUUCGAGGCCAAGGAGCCCCGGUUCGAGGCCAUGAAGUCGUCGGCCAUCGCCACCGCGUGAGCACAUAAUACUGCCGUGUUCUCCCUUCGUGGGGUGCAUAUGCUUGAGCUUGAAGAGCCAUGUGCCUGUAUGUAGUGGCACGUACGGUGGUUAUGCGUGUAUCGUGGAAUGGCGCGGCGUGAUGUAUUUUGGUUGUCUCAGAUCUAAGUGUGUGCGUAUAUAUUGUGUACUGUAAAGUUUGCAGCGUCUGAUUAAUGUACGAGCAGUGUGUGUACCUAACCAG